AUGGAGAUAGAGAAGAAUGAACAUAGAGAAAGAAAGAGAGAGAGAAAGGAAAGAGAGAAGAAAAGAGACUGCCAAACGAUACGAGCAAAUGCAGCAUUUCUGCUGCUGGCGGUCGUGCUUGUGGACAGGGCAGUAGCAGUGCCUGGCGCCAAGUCUGGGCGAGUGGACAUCUGGCCAACUGCAAGGGUGCAGAGCCAAAAAACUGUUGCUGCUGAGACGGCUCCAGUUAGAUACGACGAAACCAAGUCCGAAUGUUGGCGGCACGCCGAAGUGCUAAUGACCGUCGGCAGUCGGUCAGCAGUCCAGUGCACUAAAUCUGUUUAUACUAAAAGCAACCAGCAGCAGUUGGGUGGCACAUAUUCGUAG